UCUUCUCCUCUUUGUGUCUUCCCCUGUUUCCUCUGUUUUUCAUUAUCAAAUGGGUGGUAAUACUAAUUCCCCUUGUGCUUCAUGCAAACUCCUUAGACGCCGUUGUGCUAAGGAUUGCAUUUUUUCUCCUUAUUUCCCUUCAAAUGAUCCUCAAAAGUUUGCAAUUGUUCACAAAGUUUUUGGUGCCAGCAACGUUAGCAAAAUGCUCCAGGAACUUCCUAUUCAACAGAGAUCAGAUGCAGUAAGCAGUUUAGUGUAUGAAGCACAUGCAAGAGUGAAGGAUCCUGUUUAUGGUUGUGUUGGAGCCAUAUCUUACCUUCAAAACCAAGUUUCGGAUCUUCAAAUGCAGCUUGCAGUAGCUCAAGCAGAGAUACUAUGUCUCCAGAUGCAACAUGAGCCUGUAAUGCAAAAUCCCGAUAUUGCCCUUGAUCACAAAUCUUCUUACCUUCUCCAAAAUGAUCUUCCUCAGUACCUCAACUUUCCAUCUUCAAGCAAUAGGAAUUGAUGAGGUACUAGAGUCAACUAUGGCACGUGAUUAUGUACUACUGAUGAAGUAAUUUAGAGUGUUCUAAAUCAGUGAAAUAACAUUAAGUUAAUGAUCAAGAUGCUUCAAACAUCAAUGUUUUCAGAUGAGGGUCGGUGUGGUCUUUUUUAAAAAAUGGCAAACAUUCUGAUAAUUGGUUACUACUAGUAACAUGUUUCUAGCAAACAUAAGAACGUUUUGUUUUAUACUAAAGUUAUAAUUUAGUUGCUUAUUGUUUUGUUAACAGACAUAUCACAUGGAACAUCUAUG